AUGGAUGACACUCUGGAUUUGGUAAGCUUUAUCAUUGCGCAUGGUGGCGAUAUAAAUGCUCAAGAUAAAAGUGGAAGUACUCCACUUCAUUAUGCUGUUAAAAAUGAAAUGAAAGUUGUAGAAUAUCUUGUUGAGCAUGGUGCAGAUGUGGAUAUUAAAAGAAAUGAUGGAUGCACUCCUCUGCAUAUUGCUGUAAAGAAAAGAAAAUUCACUAUUUAUAAAUAUCUUCUUUUGCAUGGUGCUCAUGUCAAUAAAAAGGACCAGAAAGAUAAAACUCCUCUAUUUUAUGCCGCAAAACAUUUUAAUAGCGACUUGCUUGGUCUUCUUAUAGCUCAUGGUGCAGACAAAAAUAAAAAGGAUUGUAACGGUCAUACAUAUUUAGAUUACAUGUUUGGAUAUAAUAUUUCAUCUGAUGAUGAUCAUGAAUCUGAUGACUCACUGAAUAGUUAUGAUUCGGACAUAUAA